UGCGGUUACUUCCGAACAAAUAUAAAGAGAACGCAAUUAGUGCUGUAUACUUACGCUGACGUAUAUAUAGAUAAGUAUGUCACAACUCCCACCCACCUUUCCCUCGCCGGAUUCCUCCCUCGCUGCUGGUGUCGGCGGGGGUAUCGGCAUGAGGAGGCGGAGGCGGAGAGGAGGACAGUAAAGGUUGUCGAGAGAUGGGCGGGGAUGAGAGCAGUCCUGUCUUCCACGACUUCCUGGGAAUGAGCUACGGCGGCGCCUCUUUCCCGGCCGCGCGAUGGACGAAGGGCACCGGGAUCAGGACGCUCCCCGGGAAGGCCGAGGCCUCGGGCUCGGGCUCGGCUUCCGCUUCGGUGGGGGUUUCUUCUAUUGGGCAUCGCCUCAUCUCGGGAAGCGUUGAUCUGGGUUCAGAGAUGCAGGGGGUGUCAAAUUCUGAGGUUUCUCAGCAUGAGGGUACUGAGAUUGCUCCAUCAGGGCUUGAGUUGGGCAACACUACAGGUAGAAAGAGGAACCAUUUCGAUUCAUCUUACAUGGGUUCAAUGAAAGAUGCAGUGCUUCCAAUGGGCUCAGGUUCCCUUGAAAGCUCAAAUGCCACCAAGAUGCUAGGAAAAGAGGUGAUUAAUGAGCAACUGGGAAGAGCUAAUGAUGUUGAGAUGAUGAUGUCCUCUAUGCAACCACCAAUAAGGCCAACUAAACAGAUAGUGCAUCAAACUUCUCAUUAUGGGAUUAGGAUGUACUUGGACAAUAUUCCAUCGUAUGCCUGCAAAUAUUCUACCUUAGGUGGUGCAAUUAUCUCACAAUCUGCGGCAGAUGAAGGUUCCAGGACGGGCAUUAGAGGAUCCGGAGUUAUGAAUGUUCUUGGUCAUAACAGGUCUUCGCAGACUACUGAACCAAAAUCUUAUUACCAUGUACCCAGGAACCGUGCCACGGCAUGUGUCAGUCGUCAGAUGACCAUAUUCUAUGCUGGCCGGGCACAUGUUUUCGAUGAUGUACAUCCUAAUAAGGCAGAUGUCAUAAUGGCUUUGGCUGGAUCAAGUGGAGGAUCAUGGUCGACCACUUACUCCACUGCCAUGAACAAGGCUAAAGUUCUCGGCAGAGAUGACACACAAAAGGCAAAUGUGCUGCUGUCCAACGGCGGAGAUCGAAAUCAUCUGCUUGGCCAAGUUACACAAACUCCAGUCGCGGAUCCUCUUUCCGGCCACAUAUCUGUUCAGCAGAUCGUCGAGGUGGUGUAGCCACAAGAGAUGGGAACCUGAUGGCUCGUGCCGCAGAACCUAAUACAGAAGGCAAAUGGAUGUCAUAAGUCCGUCUCCGAUCCAAUUUUGUUGGUAGCAAGUUAGUAGGAGAUUUCUGGUUUAUGUCGUUGGAUUCUCUCUCGUUGUGUUGCCGAUAUCAUCAGAUUGAAAUGUCGGUCAACUCUGCAGACUUCAUUUCUUAGGUAAAGAGAAAGUUUGACUACUAUUAUUCAUCAGCAAACUGCUGCAACAAAACGACUUCUCCGGUCAACAUCAUCUGAAGGAAAUCUCUAAGUCAAAUCCCCCUCUUGUCUCUUCCCGCCUCGUACUCUGCCGUUGACUCUUCUUGGUGCAUUGCCACUCCCCCAAGGCUCUCCAACACCCACCAUCUCCUCCGCUGGUGUCUUUUGCAGCACCAGAACAUCUUAAUGUUGCAUGUGUACCACUCGGUGUUGCAAUGUUAUACACAUAUAUGGCACUCUAAUGUUGCA